UGUUGUUGUUUGUGUUUGUUGUGCAUGCACUCUGAUGAUGAUGAUGUCAGUGAACGUGGUGCUGUUGUUGUUGCUGGUUGCUGUUGUUGUGAUUGGUUCCAGCACCCAGCACGCAGCAGCAGCGGCACCAACGGCCGCUUGUCCAUGCCAGGAUGCGAGUCUGUGCAAGCCAAUCCAAGGACAGCGGCCGGAGAUCUUCGGCUUCACCGCCCAGUACUGGAGACAGUUCAACUUCUCCCUGGCCACAACGAUCGCAUGGAGUGACGAUCCGGAUCUUGUUUGUCACGCACACGCCCACGGUGUGCGUGUCGUGCUUCAGCAGUACAUGGACAUUGGCGUGCCCGCGGACAAGAUCGUGCUUGGGCUACCCUGGUACGGCUACGACUACCCCUGCCUCAACGGCGGGAACGCGAGUGCUCGGUACUGCGAGAUCAAGCGCGUGCCGUUCCGCGGCGCACCGUGCAGCGACGCAGCCGGCACGGAGCGCGGGUACGGUGAUCUGUGGCAGGUGAUCCACAACAGCAGCGCGCCCACCACCCCGGUCAUGUACGAUGACCUGCUCGUCUCAAAGUACUUCAACUACCGCCACACCGACGGCACCCUCCACCAGGUCGUGUGGUUUGACGACCCGAGCACGCUGCAGCAGAAGUUUGCGCUCGCCAAGACAAUGGGUCUGCGCGGCGUUGGCGUGUGGAACUUUGACCUGCUUGACUACAGCACCAACGACCCCCGUGUGCAUGCGGCCACAAGAGACAUGUGGAACGCGUUCAAUGCCUUCCUCCAGCCGUGA